CAUAAUUUAAAUCGUACCAGCGCAUAGUGCGCGUGUUCAAGUUAGGAGUUAUCAAAAGUUUGCUUCUCGCCGUCGUCGUCCUCGCUGGACAGCUCGUUUUCUACAAUGUCGAAGCUUAUUCAAAUCACUACACCCCUGAGAGAGUUCAAAGGCCACGAAGGAAAUGUAAUGGCAGUCGCAGUGCUUCCCAAUAAACGAGAGAUGAUUACGAGCUCGUACGACAAGACGCUUCGUCUGUGGGACUUGAAGACACGUGUUAUGUUGAAGAAGAUGGAGGGGCAUAGCGUUGGGGUGGUGGGAUUGGCAGUAUCGCAGGAUGGGCAAUUGAUAGCAAGCGGUGAUCUGAACGGAGAGGUCGCCAUCUGGCGCGGAAAGACUGGGGAAUCGCUCACCCAACCCAUCAAAUUCCACUCCAAUUGUAUCGCCUCGCUGGACUUUUCCCCUGAUGGAGCAGUGCUGGCCACUGGUUCGCAUGACAGAAUGACGAAACUGUGGAACACCAAAACCUGGGAGCAGCAAGGUUCAAUCGAGUGUGGUAGUUAUGUCUACUGCGUUCGGUAUUCCCCAGGUGGAGACCGUCUUGCCAUCGCAACAUUUGACAAUAUCAAAAUUUAUAAUACGAGCACAAGAUAUCUCAGGUCCUUCAAGGCUCACUCCACAUCCUUCAACUGCUCACUCGCGUGGACCCCUGACGGUACUCGUCUUCUCACAGGCGGUGGCAAUUCCGAUCCUACCAUACGCGAAUGGGAUGCAUUGACCUGGAAGGAGGUUGGUGGUCCUUGGGCUGGUCACAUUUUCCGCAUCAAUGCCAUCACCGUUAAUCCUACUGGCACAUUCGUCGCAUCCGUAUCUUCUGACAACUGUGUCCAUGUCUGGCGGUUGUCAAAUCGACAAACCGUUGCUAUCUUCGAUCACGCAUCCUUAGCAUUAUGCGGCACAUUCUCUGUGGACGGCAAGCAUAUCCUCAGCGGAGGUGGCAAUGAGAUCAUCUCGGAGUGGGCAGUACCCAACGAUUUGGACAUCAGUUCAAACACCGAUGCGAACAACCAUACUUACCGUGACUACUCCCAUCGCUCGAAGAUUCUUGCCAUCACGACAGCCCACGAUGCAUGCAUAGAUGGUGACCUAUCUACCGCCGAAGACCUACUCACUCGAGAUAUCAACACCAAUGCGAACAACUACACUUCCUACGUCCAUCGCUCAUUUGUAUUGGCCCGAAAGUACAACUGGGAUCAAGCCCUUCAGGAUGCAAUGAAGUCCAUCAGCAUUCAGCCCUCGCUGAUAGGCUAUAUCUCCAAGGGCAUCGCCCUCUGCGGAACGGGCCACAUCCAGGGUGCGAGGGUAGCAUUCGAUGUUGCAUCCAUGUACACCGAUCAAGACUCAAGAACCAUUCAUUUCCUGCUCUUGAUCAAGGCCAUCGCCCUCUUCAAUGCAGAUCAACGUGACGAGGCAAGCCUGCUUCUCAAAGAACUCACUGUCAGUUGUCCAUAUGCUGAUACUCGCGCAUGCCAUAUUGUACAAGCGUAUUUAUGUGUUCAACUUGGAACACAAGCCCUGGAUAGCGGGCGUUACAGUGAAUCCACCGACCACUUCACUGCCGCUAUCAACUCCGGCGCUUUCUCAUCGAAAUCAGACAUCUAUCAAGUGUACGAGGAUUUGGUGAUACUCUUCGGCUGGAAUCUCAAAUCAGUGUGGCUCACUACACACCAAAAAUGUUGUCAUGCAUUCCUUCGAGCAGGUAAAUUCCAAGAUGCCGUGAAAUUAUAUCGGUACAUGAUGGUUUCGAGUGACGGAAAUACCAGAUCCGAUUGCCUUGACUGGUUCAAUGCUUUCACGGUAGAAUGCAGCUCACUCUGUCUUACCAACGGAGAUGCUGCCCUAGCUGCAAGCGAUUACGAUAGGGCCAUUGACCUAUAUUCGACCGCUAUCAGCCUGGCUUCUACAUCCGUCAUCUUCUUUGUGAAUCGCAGCAAGGCAAAGUUAGGGAAAACGCUAUGGGAGGAUGCACUUCUGGACGCGCAAACGGUCACUGAACUUGAUCCCGCGUCUCACGUUGGAUACCAGUUGAUGCAUACAGCACUGCGUGGCGCGCAACGCUACGACGAAGCCACCUUCAAAACAAUGUUGUCAAAGUUGGACAAUUCUCCCGAAGCGCAGAUACGAGAUCUGAGUCGGCAAUAUCUUUCUAUUUCUGAGGCAGAAGAUGUCGAGUUCAAUAGUUGCCUUCCGGCCGAUAUUACCUCUUACACCACUCCUCCGCGCACCCUUCCAUCUUUGUCCGAAAAUGAAAUCCAGACAACCAUAUGUUCACUGCGAAAAAAUCCUGCGGUUGUGGAUUUGGCGUCAAAACUUUACUACCGGCUUGAUAACGCGAGUGUUGCUCGUUUCGUGAACUACAGUUGCAGUCUUCAUCUUCCCUGUAUCACCUUCCGUGUCACAGACGUCAGUCUAAGCCACGAUCCAACCCAAGAAACUAGAUAUGGGAUCAAAGCAGACGGUCUUCAUGACCUACAGAUCAUUACCAAAGAGCCGAUUGUUCAGUUCUCGCGGACAAUACCCAAUCAGCAAACAUUCGUGCUUGUCCGUCCUUGGAAUCGGUCUCUCCUUGAACUACCUGACUUUGCAGAUGUGCGAGGCGAUAAGGAGAACGAGAGGGAUUAUUGGACGCCGCCUUCCUCUCCGUUAGACGAGUCAACUAGCUGUUCUCUUGUUCAACAGGAGGUGAUUGUUGUUGAUCUAGAAUCACGAGCAUUACGGUUGCUUGUUCGCCUCGGGCAACCUUUCCGCGCAUUUUUGCUGGAGCGGCGGUGCGGCGCAGAAUACAAGAGGAUCGCAUCAGAUCAUGAUAUCACUGCACAGGUUAAAGAUGUGACUUCUGUUUUAGACCUGAUGGACAUCAGGACGAUAGAAAUUAUGUCGUAGCUACUAUCUCUGGCCCGGUGUUGCAUACCGCGACGUAGCACACUCAUAUUUCACACAU